AUGUCCCGUAAAACAAUGCUGGCGUUGGCGAUCUACGGAUUUGUUGUAUUGUGCAUGCCUGCGACAUCCGCGCAAACCGUUUACGACGGUAAUGCGUUGGAUAGUCGCAGCGGCUGGGAUGCAUUGGGCGGGUUGUACGCUCUUCUAGCCCAGCAUGAUGCUCUUGAUGGACACGCGCUAGCUCGCAAGUCUGUUCGCUCUCCUUCCCGCCGCUUGCGCUUCGGACGUCGUUCGGAUCCUGAAAUGCCACCUCAGGCACCGAUUGAUGAGAUGGACGAGUUGUUCAACCUGCGUGAGACUCGCACCCCGGUUCGUCUACGUUUCGGUCGCCGCUCCGAUGAACGCGCCGUACCCCACAUCUUUCCUCAGGAG